GUUUUAAGAUCGCUGUACAGAUUUUGUAGCCUAAAAUCAAUUAAGGGGGUAAUUUCAAAGAUCUCUGGUGAACUUGAAACUCUAUUAGGAGACUUAAAUAAUUGAAAGAUGACUAUUGCCCCGAAGAAGGAUAGGAAGUCAUCAAAGGAGAAACGGGUUAUCGAGGAGAAUGCUCCUUUGUUGCCGAGUAGGCAAGAUGAAGAUGUUGGAUUUGAUGAGGACGAGGGAGGUUCCUUUAGUGGGGCCGUCUUUAAUCUUGCAACUACUAUUGUUGGUGCCGGAAUCAUGGCUUUGCCUGCGACUAUGAAGGUUUUGGGGCUUAUUCCUGGGAUAGCUAUCAUCAUCUUUUCCGCUUUCCUGACAGAUGCUUCAAUCGAGAUGUUGCUCAGGUUUAGCAGACCAGGGAAGGCCCUUUCUUAUGGUGGAGUUAUGGGAGAUGCCUUUGGAAGGGGAGGCAAAAAUUUAUUGCAGAUAUGCGUCGUUGUCAACAACUUUGGUGUGCUUAUAUUCUACAUGAUUAUCAUUGGUGAUGUACUUUCUGGAACUUCAUCAAAUGGAGUUCAUCAUGCUGGACUCCCGGAAGGAUGGUUUGGAGAUCACUGGUGGAAUGGGCGUACCUUUGUUUUGCUUGUAACUACUCUUGCAGUAUUUGCUCCAUUGGCUUGCUUUAAGCGUGUUGAUUCAUUGAGAUACACAUCUGCCUUAUCAGUUGGGCUGGCAAUUGCAUUUGUUGUUAUUACCGCGGGUAUUGCUAUCAGCAAAUUGAUCGGUGGACACAUAGCAAUGCCCAGAUUGUUUCCAAAUGUGACUGAUAUCACAUCAUGCUUGAAACUUUUCACAGUGGUGCCAGUUCUUGUGUCAGCGUAUGGUUGCCAUUACAACGUACACACAAUCGAGGGUGAGCUUGAAGACUCUUCCCAGAUGCAGUCGAUUGUGCGAGCUUCACUGGGAUUGUGCUCAACUGUGUACAUCACAACAGGCUUCUUCGGGAUCCUCCUUUUUGGUGAUGCAACCCUUGAUGAUGUACUAGUCAACUUUGACACCAACCUUGGCAUUCCAUAUGGUCAACUGCUUAACGAUGCUGUCCGUGUUAGUUAUGUCAUCCAUCUCAUGCUUGUCUUCCCCGUCAUCUUCUUUGCUCUACGGCUCAACUUGGAUGGUCUCCUCUUUCCCUCAGCUAGGGCUUUGUCACAUGACAACAGGAGGUUUGCAUUGAUCACUAUUGGGCUCAUUUCUCUCAUCUUUUUGGGGGCAAAUUUCAUACCUAGCAUCUGGGAUGCUUUCCAGUUCACUGGCGCAACUGCCACAGUUUUCAUUGGAUUCAUUUUUCCUGCUACCAUCGUUCUCAAGGACCCUCAUGGCAUAGCCACAAAGAAGGACAAGAUCUUAUCUGUCUUCAUGAUUGUCCUUGCUUUAUUCACAAACAUGGUGGCCAUAUACAGUGAUGCCUACUCCCUGAUCAAAAAGAACCUGGCCCCAUCUGCAUGAUAUUUCUUGGCGUUAGUUCUUAUAAUCAGCAUCAGAUGGGAGGAAGCUGCUAGAGUCACUGUGCUGAAAAACCGAAAAAUAGACUCAUCGGCAAUCCAAGAGAAAAUCAGGGUUUUCUAGAAUGGUCUGUUGUGUUCAGUAAGAUGAACACUCGACUCAAUAUGGAAGUUGAGUUGCUCUGCCCAGCGUAAAGAGAGGUGGCUCCAGAUUCUCCAUCUCCAUCAAAAUUGAGUUGUUGCAUUGUUUGAGAUAUAUAUAUAUAUAUAUAGCUGUUGUGUCUGAGUGAAGUUUAUUUUUGAUUCAUGAAUGUUACAAUGGGAAGCUCCGAUCCUGUACCCAUUCUGUAUGUUUGUUCUCAUUUUGAUACUAUCAUUGAUCCAAAAAUUAGCCUAGUAUUAUGAUUUUUAAUGAUCCACACUGCAAUUUUC